AUGGGAAAAGGCAAAAACAAGCAGUCAGAAGACAGGGCAUCAAGAAGUCGAACUUCUAACGGCCACAAGUCAAAACAACAUCAUGCCAGAAAAGGCAGACAGGAAGAAGGCAGCCAUAAAAGUGCUGCUGAAGCAAAGUUCCCUGUCAAGCUAGCCAUGUGGGACUUUGACCACUGUGAUCCCAAGAGAUGUUCAGGCAAAAAGCUAGAAAGACUUGGAUACAUACGAAACAUGAGAGUGGGGCAGAAGUUCCAAGGUGUGGUGGUUUCGCCAAACGGUAAAGGAGUGGUCUGUCCAGAUGAUAAGGAGAUUGUGGAAAACUUUGGAGCAGCUGUCGUGGAGUGUUCAUGGGCAAGACUAGAUGAAGUGCCUUUUAAUAAGAUUGGAGGUAAACACGAGAGACUCUUGCCGUACUUGGUGGCUGCCAAUACUGUUAACUAUGGCCGGCCAUGGAAGCUUAACUGUGUUGAGGCGCUUGCAGCUUGUUUUGCUAUAGUGGGACAUAUUGACUGGGCUGAAGAGCUUCUACAGAAUUUCCUGUGGGGCCUUACGUUUUUGGAUAUUAAUAAGGAACUCAUAGAGGUUUACCAGAAAUGCACAGAUCUGAAGUCAGUGGAGGAAGCACAGGAACAGUGGAUGACUAAGCUAGAAGAGGAAGUGAAGCAGAGGAAGGAACAGAGUGCCACUGAAGACGUUUGGAUGAUGGGCAAUGUGAAUCGUCAAGAUAGCGAGGGAGAGUCUGACGAGGAAGAAGAGGAAGAGAAUGAGCAGAGUGACGUCGAGUACGAUAACCUUGGGAACAUCAUUAAAAAAGAGAAGUACGAUUCGUUGGGCAAUUUGAUCGAAGAUGAAGAGAGCGACAGUGAGAGCGAUGCCGACAGUGAUAGUCUAGGCGGAAGCGAAGAGACUGAUGAAAGUGACGUUCAGUAUGAUAAGCUCGGUAACGUCAUCGAGAAGGAGAUCUUAUCUGGAGAAGGUGUGAAUUCUUUGAAAAUAGAGGACUAA